AUGGCGGGGUUCAGCGGUACUGUAGAGAAAUGCAAGGCUUGUGAUAAGACUGUUUAUUUUGUUGAAAUGGUAUCAGCUGAUGGAGUUCCUUACCAUAAAACCUGCUUCAGAUGCAGUCACUGCAAUGGACUUCUUAAGAUGGGGAACUAUUCAUCGAUGGACGGAGUUUUAUACUGCAAACCUCAUUUUGAGCAGCUUUUCAAGGAGACUGGAUGCUUCACUAAGAAAUUCCGAUCAUGUAUCUCGUCUUUACAGGCCAGGGCUCCUAGCAAACUUUCUUCUAUGUUUUCUGGCACACAAGACAAAUGUGCAGUCUGUAAGAAAACUGCAUACCCACUAGAGAAGGUGACUGUGGAGGGAGAAUUCUACCAUAAAUCAUGCUUCAGGUGUUCUCAUGGGGGUUGCUUCCUGAACCCAUCAUCCUAUGCAGCUCUUGAUGGGAUCCUUUACUGCAAGCCCCACUUCUCCCAAUUGUUCAAGGAGAAAGGCAGCUACAAUCAUCUUAUCAAGACUGCUUCAAUGAAGAAGAAUACAACACCUUUAGCCGACCAAAAACCAGAAGAAGAAGAAGAAGCAGAAGUGAAGCCAGAACCAAAACAAGAAGCAACAAACACUGAUACAACAAUCACACAAGAACAAUAG